AUGGGAACUGAUCAUAGUGCUGAUGAUCAUUUUGCUGGAAAAAAAGCAUCUGAUACAGAUAUGUGUAUAGAAAUUGGUGGAAUCAAUUCAGAAAAUGAAUUAAUAAAAACAUCAAAACCUGGGUUUGUUCACAUUCGAUGGAAUCCAAUAAAAGAAACAUUAAAGUCAAAGCCCUAUUCAAAUGAUCAAAAUAAUCAACGUUAUAUAAAUGGCUUUAAAAUAAAGCAAAAUGUGAGCAAUUUCGUUGAAUACAAUUUUGAAAUGGGUAAUAUACAGCUAGAUAAAACAAAGGCAAUUCAACCAACAUCUGAAUCAGCAGCUUUAGAGGCAAAAUUUAGUUCAUUUUCCGAUGUACCAACUUCACAAUCAUUUAGUGAUGCACUAACAGAUGUUUUAAAUGUUCAACAAUAA